CUAUUGUACUUUCCAACGGGUCACCUGUACAGCAAGAGCAAGAGAGCGCCCGCGAGCACGAAGAAGAAGAAAACAAUGGACACGAAUUUCUUUAACAUCCUCGAGAAGGCGCGGAGCCAGGUCAACGACUGUACCGCCGGCAUUCUGGCCUACAUCGACGAUGAUGAGCAGAGGGCCAAGUAUCUCAAGGAUAUGGAGGAUGUGCUGACUGGCCUGGUGAGCUGCGAACACAAGGUGGCCGUGACGCGCCAGGCCGUGAAGGAAGCCACGAACCGGGCGCUGGAUGAGGGCACAGAACAGAUUGGUGUCAGCCUCUUUGAUGAUUUGGUUGAGGAGAGCAUCAGUGAGCUGGAGCAAGACUCGCCCUUGGAGCAAGCAGUGGCCGAGGCAACCAGUCUUCAGUUGUUCAGAAAGCAGGUGGAGGAAUUCAAUGCAAAGGAGGAUGAAGACAGUGGUGAGGAGGAGCUGGUGGCAGUGCAGGUCGGCCCAUCCUUUAUUGACCCCAUCAGCAAGAAGAAGAUGACGGACCCGGUCAGGAACAAGAAGUGCCAACACGUGUAUGACCGCGCCUCCGUCACCAGCAUGAUAUCCAAGACGCGCCGCGGGUUUAGGUGUCCCAUGGUGGGCUGCAAGAACCGUGACCCUAUGAAGCUGUCCGACCUUGAGGAUGCGCCUGAUUUGAAGAGACAGCUUAACCUUAGUUAGAUAUGUGUGUGUGGGGGGUGGCUUGGAUUAUAAGACAGCUGUCCCUUGAUUAAAUGUGUGUGGUUAUCCUUUGAGAUGACAUGUCCUUUUACAGAUUACUAUUUUUUUUUAGUACACCAUUGUCUUCAUAAUAAAUGCUAGUAAAUGCCAUUAAA